UCUUCCAUCUCUGAAGUCAGGGCCUGCUAGAGGGAGGCCUUGGCUAGGACCAAAGAUUGGGCUUUCCCAAGGAGGAAGGGCGUCCAUGGCCAGGCCCUCAGAUGCAGAAACAAAUCAGGAGCCAUAUUGAGAUAGGAGGCCUUUUUCUGUCCUCUGAACUUGCUAGCAGCGGCUGUUUUAGGACUGGGAACCAUGGCAUUUCGCUGUAGCUGUCCCUGUUCCUCACCUGCAGUCACCAUCAGUGUUUCCUUCCCCGGGGCCCAGCAGGAAGCACGCAGGCCACAGCUGUGUGCAUGCGUGUGUUUGUGUGUGUGUGUGUGUGUGUGUUCGCGUGUUUGUGUUUGCAGAUUACGGUGCCUGGGGAACCCGCGUCCCAGAGCAACACAGAGGGGCCAGGGCUGGGUCUCCUCCCACACUGCGGCCCAGAAAUCCAGGUGGAAGUUGGCUUCGUUUUACGGCUUCCCGGGGCUCAGCUCCAGCCGCGCCUCUGCGCCCGCCCGCACCCCGGCUCAGCCUCAGCUCCUCCCUUGGCAACCAGCGGCGGUGGAUCCCGGGGCCCGGCCGCAGCGCGAAGCCACCCGCCGCACCUGCCGCGAUCCCAAAAGGGAUCCUGCAAAAAUGAGCCUUUCUCACCCCGCUGGAUUACUUGCUGCGUAUAAUAGCCUGACCGAUAAACAUCUGGUGGGAUAUUUUAACAAUACCAGGAUAAGGAGGCAUCUCUUAAGAUCAGGGCUGAUCACAAGAAGUGGAAGAAUACUUUCGGAGAAAGAAUAUAGACUAAACAUAAUGAAGCGGGAUCAUCAAAAAUAUAUUCGGGAAUGCUUGGCCCAGGCUAUUUUCCAUAAGGUUCUUGAUAUGGAGCGUUACCAUCAGCUUGAAAUAAAAAGGAAACUGGAGACCUUAGCUAGGAAGGAGCGGUUUCAGAGAUUUAAGGGGGAGAACACAAGACAAUCUGUUGAAAAUAAGAUGCCAAUCCUGUCUCCUCACCCUCCACUUGGCUCAAGGGCGAACCGUGGUCAUAAUAUUCUGGUUAACGAAGGACAUUCCAGUCCAUUAACACUGACAGCCCUUCGACCAUACACCGCCCCAGGAAAUAUGCAGCCUCCAGUUAGAUUACAGCCUCUUCCCAGUAAUCCUGCAGUGGGGAUUAUUCCAAAGCUAACCUUGGGAUCCAGAUCAAAAACUUCACUGCUGGAAAAUGAAGCUCCAUUUUCUAUUAGGGGCAUGAAGGCAAUGAAGAAGUUCAGGAGCUCCACGGAAAAAUCACAGAAAAUAAAUCCAUAUCAACUUCAGAACAUUGACAGCUACAUGAUGCCUAUUCCUCCACCACUUCCUCCCCCAAAUGGAAAGAUCAUAAGGCAAAGCAAAUUGGAAACAUGGAGAAGGAGGAGACUUUGUCCAACCACAGCCCCAAAUGGCUUAGAACCUCUCUUUACUGGGGACUCAGGAAAGAUUUACAAAACAUCACUGCACAGUAAUGCGGCUAUUACAAUGAUCUAUUUGGGGAAAAAUGUGCACCUAUCUUAUGAUGGCCCGGACUUCCGAGAUGAAAUAAGAGUUUAUCAGCAGCACUGUGGUGGAGAAAACCUUUGUGUGUACAAAGGCAAACUACUUGAAAAAGAGACUUUUCAGUUCAUUUCCAAAAGGCACCAUGGUUUUCCCUUCAGCCUCACCUUCUUUCUGAACGGGAUGCAGGUGAAUAGGUUGAGCUCCUGCUGCGAAUAUAAGCACCGGAAAGGCUCCAGACUGGGAGGCAAACGAGGCUACUUUGGGUUUGUGUGUGUGGAGAGAGCAUCUCCUUGCUACAAGUGCAUUAUUGCAAUGGGCCUUGACAAAAAACCAUCUUCAGUGAAACCCAGGAAAGAAAACAGCCCUGAUGACAGAGAGGACCCGAGGAAGGGUGAACGGAAGCUGAGGCAGGAGCGAGCGAACUGGAUACCAAGAAGAACUGAGACUGAGGGGAAGAAAAUCUCUGCCUCGGCCAUUUUUUCAGUGGAAGAAAUAAAACCAGAGGUCAGAGAAGUGAGAACUGCUAUGGAAGAAAUGGAACGUAAAGGAAAACCAGGACAAGAUGUUUGGGAAGACAACCAGGAGUACGAAGAAGAUUUUGAAGUAGAUGAGGAGAAACAAGAUGAGAAAACUAAUGAAGAAGGACAGGCUGAUGAUCAAAUGAAUGGAAUAUCAAAGUCACCCUCAGAAGAUGAAAAAGAUAAUUUAGGCCCUGAAAGGGAGAGUGAAAUCUCAGCACAGAAGGCACCGGAUGCUGAUGCCAAUGAGAAAGAUGAGGAUGGUGGAUGCUCUGACAGUGAAUUGGAAGAGGAUAAACAAGAUACUAGAAGUGCUUCAUCAGCCUCCUCCAGAAGUCACCCAUAUUCAAGUGACAGUGAGGAUGACUCUGGGGAUCGGGGCCGGGAAGCCCGUGCUGAACCCAGUACAGACGAAGGGUCCAGAAGUUUAUCUUCUGUGGAGCUGAGUGAAAAUGAUGAGCCGAGCAAACCCCACCUUCCCAUUGAGGAAUCCUUUGAAACUGAACCAGAAGACCAAGAAAUAAGAAAAGCAGACGUGGAGAUCAAACCUCUGCCAACAGAGGAAAGCCGCAGGAACAUUCUUGAUGAAGAAAUGGAGAGAGGAACCCACGGAAUGGCAGAGAAUUUAUCUGAGAAGUCCAGGAAGCAUGCUUGUGAGGAAGAAAAGCAAAAGGAUAAGAGCGAGCUUUGGGAAGGAAGCACUGCUAAGGUGGAAGACAGACAGGCUGGCCUCCCCGGGGGGGACAGAGGUGUUGGACAGAUAAUAAGCGAAACCUUGGUACCUGGCUGCCACAGCCACUAUGAGGCCCAGCCUGGUGAUGGCAGCUCAGAUGACUGGGGGACGCCUGGGAGGAAGCUGGAGAUCGACAUGUGUGGAGCACCAAAUAGGAAUUUGGUGAUGGAGAAAAGGGCAGCACUGAACUCAAACAAGAAACCCAACCAAAUUACACAAGAAACACAUUAUCUGGACAAAGAAGCACCAGAAGGUGACGAAGGUCCCCAACAUCAGGAUGCUGAGCUAAUGGAAGACAGAAGAGAUGCAGCCCAGCUGGAGGAGGCAGGGGUUGCAGAGUUUCCCUCAGGGGAGUGGAAGCCCACAGCAGAGCAGCCAGCAUUAGCCGAACAAUUAACAGAGCCAAGAGAGACCCCUGUGGGGCUAGCAAGUGGGGCAGAGGCAGAAGAGGAUGAGAAUGGCAGGCUGGGGAGAGAGGAGUUAGACCUCACGGGAAAAGCAGCAGCAAGGGAGUCCAUGAGCCUGAGUGGAGAGGCGGCACCUGAAGAACGGGCCCUGAGGCAGACAGAAAAGGCAGCUUCUCCCACAGGGGAGCAGGGCUCAGGGGAGCCAGUGCUUCCCAACAGCUUCCGGCACCGUCAGGAGGUGGUCACCUUGAGAGGGGCUGCUACUCCAGGAAUGGGGGAGGCGGAGAACCAGGAGGCUGUCAGGGAGGCAGCGUCCCAAAGGCCAGAUGCGGACGGAGGUGAAGAAGAGGCACCCACAGAGCUAGAGGACGUGGGGGCUGUGGAAGACGCACCAUCCUUGAAAGAGGAUGGGCUGGAAGAGGCAACCACCGGGGGACAGAAGGCAGACAAAGAGGCGACGGAAGCUCUGGAAGCGGAAACACCUUCAAGCUCCUCAACAGCGGGGCCUGCGGCUGAGGCAAGCUGCAUGGGAACUGCUAAUGGCAGCCUUGAAGAUCUUCCCCAGGAAGCCACCGUGAGGGAGGAGACUGUGCCUGAGCUGGGGCCUGAUGGGAAAGAAGGCAGGAAAGAAACGUUACGGGAGCUCUUAGGUGUAGCAAGAGAGAGGGGAAAACCCGGGAGCCCCCCCGCAUCUCUGAGGGAAGCUGGAUCUGAGAAGAAAGUGGUGACGUGGGCAGAUGCCCCGAAGGCAGAAGACACGGGAGAGGAAGAGCAAAAACGUAAAGUGGAAGAGAGGAAAAAAACAAAGGAAAUAAGAUCUGAGGAGCAGGCGAAAGCACCCAGAAAUGAAACGGAAUCUGAUGGUGAGGCUGUAGACCCCACAGAAGCAACUGGCUUGACUGAAGGUACAAGGCUUCCGGAAGAUUCCCAGAGAGAAAGGGUUGUUAAUUUGCUGGAAGCAACACUUGAAUUUGAAAAGUCACCUGAAAAGGUCACAGCACUGAGGAGAGGGAAAGGAGGAGAAGGACUGAGUGAAGCCGGAGACACAGAGCACAAAGGCUGGGCGGAGUGGGAAGGGCAGGCGACCAGGGUCCCUUCAAAGCGGGAGAAAGGGCCUGGGUACGGAAGAGAGGGGCCAUCAGAGGGGCCUGGCAGUGAGCCCCCGAGCGAGAGGAGGGUCCCCGACCUCACUGUCCCAGACACGGCACAGGCUGAGGAGUGUGCGGCGCUCCGCCAAGAUGGCCUUGCUGGGCCAGAGGGCAGGCGUGAGGAAGGGGCUCCGCAGGGGCCAGAAGGAGUACAGGCCAUGACGGUGACCCCGGAGGCUGUGCCUGAGGGAGAUCCCCGGAGGGCGAAAAAGUUCAGUGAAGAAGCAGAGCCUGAGGACCCUGAGGAGGAGGGGGCUCCAAAGUCCACACUGGAGACAGAAGUGAUGAAGCACAGCAGCACAGAGAGGGAAGGAGCCACAGGAGGAGAAACGGAGAUGGCUGGGGAGGAUCUGCAAGAAGGAGGAGUGGAGGGGACAGAAGCAGAGAGGAAGGAGGUGUUGGCAGAUUUGAGGACAGCGGAGGGGAAAGCAGUAGCAAAUUCAGCUGCUUCCUACUCAGGUGUUGCUGGGGAGGAAGCCAGGCUCCAGGGGGACAAGGCACCAGGGAAAACAGCAGCUUCAGAGAGGGUGGUGGCAGAGGAGAUGGUGUCGAGCAGGGGAGAGGUGACAGUGGCUCCCAUAGCACAGGCUGAGGCGGGAGUGCUUCCAGGACCUUCCAGGGGGGAAGGGGAGGCCCUGAGGCUAGGACAGGAUGGAGAAGGCGGAGAAGCAGGGGUGACUCUGCCUGCAGGCUCAGCACAAGCGGGGGAGGCAGGACCAGGGAGUAGGGACCCCGGGCAGGUUGCAGGGACAGGUGAAGAAUCAUCACAAGAGGGAGAGUCAGAGCCCAGCAAAGGGAGCCUAGAGGCGGUGGCCAUGCUUCCGGGGAAGUCCAGAAGAAUUACUUCCGGUGACUUCUCUGGAACCCAAGAGAAGCAAGAGCGUAUGGUGCAAAGGCAAAGUGAGAAUGCGGAUGUUCCCUGAACAGCAGGAAGGACUACGAGCUUUCACAGCAGAUGGAUCUUCUAAAAGUGUCUUCUGGAAGACAUAAAGCCUGGAGAAACUGUCACUCAAGCAUCUCACUAGGAUGUUAGAUUGAAUAUUUGUUUCUUUUUUAAGUCACUGCUUUUCUGAGAUGGUUCCCAUGAUGGAUGUAUUUAGUAUGUAUCACAAAAUAUACAGUAAUUAAAAAUUAAGAAAAAAAUAAAUUUAAAAUGAAAAAGGCUCAAGAUACACUAUGUAUAUGUAGCACUUUCCCAAGAUGAAAGUAGUUACUAUGCAUCUUAACUUUACUAAUAAAAAUUGAAAAAUUAAAAGAAAAGACUGCUCAAACCUCUAGGUCCUUCCAGAAAGGAUCCCAUUGGAUGUAUAUUUACUGAAACAUGGAACUCUUCGUUCUAUGUAUGCCAGAGCAGUAAUUUAAAGUGGAAACCUUAUUUUAAAAUGCCCUUUGUUUUGUAUGUGUUUCUGAAAUUCUCCUUUCUCAGGGAGACUAGUGAAAUGGCAGCUUGCAGUGUUUUGUCCCUGCGGGCCUUAUUUAUGGGGCCACUCAUAUCUAAAUGAAAGUAGUAAAUAAUGUAGCUAAGUGGAAUGAAUAUAAUAAUUAUAUCAGUUGGAUGUAGCCCCUAAGCACACAUGCUAACAUUUGGGGGACUCUAGUUGAUGUCACUGAGUGGAAAAGAAACUUGGGUGAAUGAGCGUGCAACGUGCCUUCCCAAGUUCAGUCAUUUCACACUUGUGAGCUAACUUUGUAGCCCACCAUAAAUCAACAGGCACAGCUGCUUUCUACAUUACCCCUGUUAUUGUUUUCUAGUUGAGGAUCAGCAUGGCACUAGGGGUUUGGAUUUCCUUGACGUUAUCCACAUAACUGUUCCUCUAAGACUCACCUUUUCUCCAGAUGAGAGGUGAAAAGAAUUGUGAAAAAGUAGCAGUUCUCCAGUCAGUCUCCACACUAGUCUUUCACAGGGCACUUUCGUAAAUGACUCAACCCUGGACUCCACCCAAAAACUUCAGAUUUCAUUAGUUUUAGAUGAAUCCAUGUGUCAGUAAAGGACACAUUGCCAUUAAUUCCCCUAAAAGUACUCCCCAUUGCUUUGAAAAUAGUUACCCAUCAUUCUUGCUACUUUUGGAAGCAGUUCUGGAAGUCUUUUUGUUUGUUUGUUUUUAUGUGAUAUGAUAAAAAAUAUGGUGAAGGUUGCUGCAGAGUGCCAUCCAACUGAAAGGCUGGCUUGUAAAACAUUACUGUGUGUCCUCACCCACCUUGUUCAUUGGAUCUGGUACCAUGCAACUUCUGGUUCUUCUCCAAAGUCAAAAUGACCAUGAAAGAUUACCAUUUUGAAUCUGUUCAGGACCUGGGCAACCAAGACAGCACAACUAAAUACAGUCACAAAAGAGGACUCCAGACAUGCUUCAGAAAGUGGCAAGAAUGACAGGGUGAGUGUGUUUGAAGUGAUGGGGAGUAUUCCGAGGGGGAUUAACAGCAAUGUGUCUUUUACUGUAAUAAAUUUUUAAAAUAUU